GUGGCCGCGGCGGACGGCCGGAUUGCUCUGCUCGGGAGGCAGUGGCGGUUCCCGGCAGCGCGGCUCGGCGGUGGGAGAGAGACCAUGCGGAAAGUGGUGCUGGUCACCGGGGCCAGCAGUGGCGUUGGCCUCGCACUCUGCAAGCGGCUGCUGGAGGAGGAUGAUGAGCUGCACGUGUGUCUGGCAUGCAGGAACGUGGGCAAGGCGGAAGCUGUCCGUGGGGCGCUGCUGGCCUCUCACCCCGCCGCUGAGGUCAGCAUCGUGCAGGUGGAUGUCUGCAGCCUCCAGUCAGUCCUCCAGGCCACCGAGGAGCUCAAGCAAAGGUUUCAGAGAUUAGACUAUGUCUAUCUGAAUGCUGGGAUCAUGCCCAACCCACAGCUAAACAUCAAAGCACUUUUCUCUGGCCUGUUUUCAAGAAAAGUGAUUCAUAUAUUCUCCACAGCUGAAGGACUGCUGACCCAGGAGGACAGAGUCACUGCCGACGGGCUCCAGGAGGUGUUCGAAACCAACGUCUUUGGCCACUUUAUUCUGAUUCGGGAACUGGAACCACUCCUCUGUCACAGUGACCAUCUUUCCCGGCUCAUCUGGACGUCAUCUCGCAAUGCAAAGAGAUCUAAUUUCCACCUUGAGGACAUCCAGCACCGCCGAGGCCAGGAGCCCUACAGCUCCUCCAAGUACGCCAUUGACCUGUUGAGUGUGGCGCUGAACCGGAACUUCAACCCGCGGGGUCUGUAUUCCAGCGUGGUGUGCCCAGGGACAAUGGUGACCAAUUUGACCUGUGGAAUUCUCCCUCCCUUUUUGUGGACUCUGCUGCUGCCCAUCAUAUGGCUGAUUCGCUUUUUUGCAAAUGCUUUCACUCUGACGCCGGACAAUGGAACGGAAGCCCUGGUAUGGCUUUUCCACCAAAAGCCGGAGUCUCUCAACCCUCUGACCAAGUACCUGAGCGCCACCACUGGCUUUGGAAGCAAUUACGUAACGACCCAGAAGAUGGAUCUGGAUGAAGACACUGCUGAAAAAUUUUACCAAAACUUACUGGAACUGGAAAAGCAAGUUAGGGUCACCAUUAAAAAAACAAAUAAUCAGAGCUGACGAUGGCACCCCCUGAAACACUGCAUACCUACCGUGAGCUCUGGGUUUCCAUAGAGUUGGGUGAUGUGCCUGUGUGGCAAUUGCUGAGCUGUAAUUGUCUCUUUUCCCCGGUUUCAGGAUUAUCUCUAAGACUGUGUAUGUGUGCACGUGUGUAUAUAUGAGAAAAAGAUUGAUAAGUAAAAUAUGAGUUAGAUGUUCUCCAGAACGGUGUCACAUCAAAAUUGUGCUCGAGUCACCCAACCAACUAUGCGCGUAUUGGUUCUACCGACUGGAGCCCAAGCUCUGCUUGGUGGGAUGAGGUCUGGACUCGAGUGGCACUCACCAGUCCUCCUUUUGGCCUUCCUGAGCAGGAGGAAGUACUGUCCACUCCCUGAGUGGUCAUCAGAGCUUUUUUCUUUUUCUUAUGGACAGUUUUCUUAGGUCUUAUACCUAAUUUCUUCUUCCAUGUGCUGCUUCUAGAAAUCCUGAGAUUAUGGGGCAUCUGGGUGGUUCAGUCAGUUAGGUGUCCGACUCUUGAUUUCAGCUCAGGCCAUGAUCUCAGGGGUGAGAGAUUGAGCCCUGAGUUGGCCUCCUUGCUCAGAGUGGGGUCUGCUUGGGAUUCUCUCUCACCCUCUCUCCCUUCCGCACUCACAUAAACACGCUCUGUCUCUCUCACUUAGAUUAAUAAAAUCUUUUAAAAUCUGAGAUUGUUAGAAUCCUAACAGUCCUAAUACGGAUACCCAUGUAGUUAAUUGCAGGAACAAAAGUGUAUGUGUUGGGGCACUUGAAUUAUUUUUUCUCUUGGAAGUGUCUUUCACGGAUGUCGAGGUAGUCUGCGUUAAUAUUGGGCCUGACCUUUAACACCGUUGGCAGAUUUGUUCAUUGCUAACCAACCUGUUUUUCAUGAUUAUAUUUUAAUGUAUGCAAACUUGCAGCAAAAAAUUAUUUACUCAGAUUUUUCAAAGAAAUUUUCUAAUUGAAUAAUUGCAGGUGGGAUAUUUGCUGGUAUCAGCAAUGGUUGGAAGUGGUUUGCAUAUGAAGACAAAAAUGCUAAAAUGUCUAGAUAUUUUUACCCUACCUAUAACCACUAUUCUUGGAAGAUAGUAAAGUGAGCAGAAUUUGAAUGACUAAUAAAAGUGAAAAUUUAU